UUCUCUCUUAUUAGGUUUUUUUUUUCCUUCCUCUCAAUCUCAUCUUCUUCUUCAUCGAAACCUUUGUUCUUCUCCCAAUUUCUGGUGAAAUCAUGUCUGACGAAGAACACCACUUCGAGUCCAGCGAUUCUGGAGCUUCCAAGACCUAUCCUCAACAAGCCGGUAACAUCCGUAAAGGUGGUCACAUCGUCAUCAAAGGUCGUCCCUGCAAGGUUGUUGAAGUUUCGACUUCAAAAACUGGCAAGCACGGUCACGCCAAAUGUCACUUUGUUGCCAUUGAUAUCUUCAAUGGUAAGAAGCUUGAAGAUAUUGUUCCAUCUUCCCACAAUUGUGAUGUUCCACAUGUGAACCGUGUUGAUUACCAGUUGAUUGAUAUCACUGAGGAUGGCUUUGUGAGCCUUUUGACUGACAGUGGUGGCACUAAGGAUGAUCUCAAGCUUCCCAACGAUGAUGCUCUCACCACCCAGAUGAGGAGUGGAUUCGAAGAGGGUAAGGAUGUUGUGGUGUCUGUCAUGUCUGCCAUGGGAGAGGAGCAGAUCUGUGCCGUGAAGGAAGUUGGUGGUGGCAAGUAAACAAGUAUCAUUCGAUAUAUUAUUACCAGUUUGUCAACAGACGUCAAUGUUAUAAGAACAAAAAGAUGUUUUUCUUUUUCCUAAUUUAGACCCUUUGUGUGUGUUUCUUGUUGCAAGACAACCAUAUCUAUUGGUUUUGGAUUGUUGAAAAGUUUGUGUUGAAACAUUCAAAGUUUCCUAUGAGAUGUUAUUCUUAAAUCCCUAUUACUUGUUUUGUGGUUAUGUAUGUUCACGGAUCUUGUUAGAAGCCACUUGCUGUGUGCACGAGACAAGAGUUAA